AUGGACAUCAAGUUUUGCAAGACCAACCUUCUCAUUGAGCACAAGGAGUUGGAUGGGAGGUUCCAAUUCAAGUUCACACAUCCAUUGGUUGGACCCUCCAAGUUUCUCCUGCCUAACCCAGAGCUCACCACAGUAGUAAGGGGUGAGAACAUUGACUUCAGACCCCCUGUGUACACAUUAGUUGGGCAUGAGGAUGAUUUGCGAGAAGAGGAGCCUGAGCUCGAUCGAGCUGAGUCUCGAGCUGAGGAUCGAGCUGAGGAUCGAGCUGAAGAUCAGGUCCAGGAAGUGCGGAUUUGGGUGAGCCUGAGUGCUAUUAUUUGA